AUGGCGGCCUCUGCGCAUGCAGACGCGCAGCUGCUGGCGCAGGCGGGCAGCCUGAGCCAUGGCCUGCUGGCUGAGGGCUCUCUGCGGCGCUUCACCUUCAGCGUUGAGCUGCAGCACUUCCAGGCGGGGCCCCGCUUACCGCUCAACCUGGCUGCCGUGGUGCUGGAGCUGGAGCUGCCGCCGGAGCUGGCAGGCGUGAUCCAGCAGAGCAACGGGCGGCUGCCGCCGCGGCUGGCGCCGCUGCGCACGCAGGCGGUGCAGGUGGCACGCGGCAGCGAGGCGGCGCUGCGGGGCGGGCAAGCUGCCUGCGACUUCACCGCAGGCCUCAUGGGCGUCGCCACGCUGCUGGCCAGGGGCCUCAUGAUGACUGUGGAUGUGUUCCAUCGGGAGCGGUUGGCAGAUGACCUACUGCUGGGGCGCGCGCACGUGCCGCUGGCGCCGCUGCUGCAGGAGAGCUGGGUGGACGGGCGGGCGGGCGUGUUUGCGCUGGCGCCCAGCGCGGCCGACCCCGCGCAGCACGAGCGGGUGCAGGUGGGCACGGUGCACCUUGUGAUGUCUCUGGAGGAGACGGGGCCAGCGGUGGCAGCACCAGCUGCCGCACCGGGCGCAGCGGCAGCGGCGGCGGCGGCGCCACCUGCGGCGGCGCCUGCAGUCGCGGCGCUGUCGUCGGCUGCACCACCGCAGCAGGCAGCGCCGGCAGCUGCGGCAAGCGGCGGCGCGCCGCCCGCCCAGCCGGAGGCUGAGACGGAUGCGGCGCAGGGCGAGUGGCCGCCCCGGGGUGCGGCAGAGCGGCAGCAGGCGGCCAUGCCGCCGCUGCCUCCGCCUGCCCUGUCGUCAGCCUCAGCCGCAGCGCCAGCGCCCGCAGCAGCCUCUGCUGCCAGUAGCCUUGCUGGCGGGGCGGAGCUGGAGGCGGCUUGGGAGCUGGAGCUGUGGAAGCGGGAGGAGCAGGCCCGCUGGCUGCGGGAGCUCAAGGAGAGAGAGGCGCGGCGCAUGGCGGCGCUGGAGGAGACGUGGCGGCGGCGGGAGCAGGAGCGGGACGCCGAGGCGGCGGCUCUGCGUGGCGAGUAUGCCGCGCUGGAGGGCAAGGCGCAGCAGGUGCUGGCGGCGGCAGAGGCUCGAGAGCACAAGGUGGUGGCUGCCGAGGAGGCGGCUGCGCGGCGGCGGCGGGAGCUGGAACGGGAGCAUGCGGCGCGUGUGGCAGAGGCGGAGGCGGCGGUGAGGCGGCUGCAGGCCGAGUGCCAGCACCAGCUGGAGCUGGAGGGCCAGCGGCGGGAGCAGGCGGCGCAGCAGCGGGCAGCCGCGGAGCAGCGCGCGGCCGCGGCCGAGGCGCGGGCGGCGGCCGCCGAAUGCGGCGCCGCGCAGCAGCGGGAGCGGCACGGCGCCAGCGAGGCGGGGCGGCUGGAGGGGGAGCUGGCUGCCGCGCGGCAGGAGCUGGCUGCCAGGGAGCAGCGCCUGGCCAGGGCUGCAGAGGGCAAGCGCAGGUACAAGGAGCAGGUGGUGCGGCUGGCUGGGGAGGUGGCGCUGCUGCAGCAGCAGGUGGCGGAGCUGGUGGGCAUGAAGCGGGGCCAGCUGGGCGCCGAGCUGGCCAAGCUGCAGGCAGAAGAGGCGGCCUUGGCGGCGGCGCGGGAUGCAGCCGAGAUGUCGGCACUCAAGCAGCAGCUCCGCAGCCUGCAGAUGAGCGGCGGCGGCGGAGGCGGCAACGGCGGUGGCGGCGCCGCGGCAGCAGCCGGCUCGCCGCGCGCCGCCGCCAGCGCCGCGGGCAGCAGCGGGGGGAACAAGGAGAACGCUCGCGGCGGCGGGGGCGGCGGGGCGGCUAGCGGCGGCAGCCGCGCGGCGCCUGUCGUGCUGCAGGGCCAGCUGUGCGACGCGGUGCAGCGGCUGCUGCGGGAGCGGGAGCUGCUGCUGGGCAGCGGGGCCUACUGCCUGGACGACCCGCUCAUCCAGCAGCUGGACCGGCGCAUACGGGAGUGCGCGGCGCUGGCGCAGCGCGCCGCCUGA